AUGCGCACUAGCCCGACAACGUCUACAUCUUCCCUCACUCUCGCCCCUCCCGCCAACCACGAGGCGACCGCCACUCGCGUCAACUCCAAGCACGUUGUCGCUGCUCCGCCGCCGCCACCAUCCGCCCUACCCCAAGCCCUGCAUAGACUGCAGCUGCCAGCAUCAUCACCACGUCUUCAUGCACCCCCCCCCGCUGAUGGGACGACGUCCGACGUCUAA